GAAAAAAGUACACUUUACUGCACUGUACUAUCAAUGCUUCCUUAAAGAUCGGGAAAACAACCUUUUUAAGUUAAAUCUCUUAAUUAGAGAAAAUUCAAGAAUAGGGCAAAAAAGAAAUGAACAACGGCGGCCACAUGCAUGGAAUGGCUAUGGCGCCGCCGCCAUCAGCCGCCAUGAACAACGGCACAGGAGGAGGCAUGAUGAUGAAGAACCAUCGACAUAUGAUGAUGCACAUGACAUUUUUCUGGGGAAAGAAUACUGAAAUUUUGUUCUCCAAUUGGCCUGGAUAUGAUAAUUUGGGCAUGUACGUUAUGGCACUUUUCGUCGUCUUUUUCAUGGCUGUUCUGGUCGAAUUUCUGUCUCAUAGCAAUUACAUUAAGGAAAAUGCUGAUCAUGUGAGCGCGGGGUUGAUCCAGACAACUUUGUAUGGAUUGAGAGUUGGUUUGGCUUAUGUUGUUAUGUUGGCUGUUAUGUCGUUCAAUGGUGGUGUUUUCUUGGUUGCUAUUUUUGGGCACAUGUUAGGGUUCUUGGUUUUUGGAAGUAGGGUUUUCAAGAAAUCUUCUAAUGAGGGAAAGACUAUGGAUCUUCCACCAAUGAGCUGUAGUUGUUGAAUUUAUUUAUUUAAAUUAAUGGAUGUGCUUAGAGUUUUAUCUCGUUUA